UAAAAGUAGAUGGACCAAACCAGCCAUGCGCAGUGACCCGGCGGACACUGAGACCACGCGGAACGUGCUUUCAGCUCACCGUUGGUGCUCUUCGCUCAUACCGGAGACAGCUGAAUGAGCGGUUAACGUCUGGUCCCGUGUAGCUGUGUGACUGGACUAUUAAUAGACAAUUCCCUUUUGUUUUUUCUCUUUACUUUAUGUGGUUAUUAUGAUGUGAGGAUGGCAAAGCGACCGGGGACUGACGACGAGAUGUUGACUUCGCCGACCGUUCUCCGGGAUUUCGCAGGCGAUUUGAACGCCACGGACGUGAACAUGGACUGCGGCGGCGACGGAGCCGUUGAGGUCUCCUUGGAAGAAAUCCUGAAACUGUACAGCCAGCCGAUAAACGAGGAACAGGCAUGGGCAGUGUGUUAUCAGUGUUGUCGGACUUUAGCGCAGAGACAUCGGAGGAAAAGCUCCAAGGCUGCCGGAGCGUCAGCUGUCGUCUAUCCAAGGAGGAUUGAGGGACCCGGGGAUGUGAGGAUCGCGAGAGACGGGACUAUCAAACUGCACUUUGAAGACAGCACAGAUAAAUAUGGAUCGGCUCCCACGUCAUUAGAGGUUAUUGACUCACUGGGUGUCAUGAUCUACAAAGCUCUGGACUAUGGCCUCAAAGAAAACGAGGAGCGUGAACUCAGCCCGCCGCUGGAGCACCUGAUCGACAUGAUGACCAACACCGAAAAAACUGAGAGUGACCCCUGCCCUGACGAGGGCUACGAAGCCACAGAGGAGGAGGAUGAGUGCGAGGAAGAAGAGGAGCCUGUCUCUGCUACCACUACCAGCUCAGGCAGCAGCAUUUGCUAUCGAGACAUCAUCAUGCUAUGUGCUUCCCACCUGCCCAGCCCGUCGGACGCUCCCAACCAUUACCAGGCUGUGUGUCGCGCUCUCUACGCCGAGACCAGGGAACUACGCACCUUUCUGGAGAAGAUCAAGAGUGCCAAGGAGAACCUUCGGAAAAUGGAAGGUGAGACUCGUGAGGAACCCGUUAAAGACCUCGAUGAGCUGCAAAAUGCAGAUUGGGCACGGUUCUGGGUGCAGGUAAUGCGAGAUCUUCGGGAUGGUGUUAUGUUGAAGAAGGUUCAGGAGCGUCGGUACAACCCACUGCCCAUCGAAUACCAGCUCACACCCUACGAAAUGCUGAUGGACGACAUCCGCUCCAAACGGUACAAGCUGCGAAAAGUCUUGGUGAAUGGAGACAUCCCACCAAGGUUAAAGAAGAGUGCACAUGAGAUCAUUCUUGAAUUCAUCAGGUCACGACCACCUCUCAACCCUGUCGCAGCCCGUAAACUGAAACCCCACCCGCCACGUCCCCGGAGCCUCCACGAGCGACUGCUGGAGGACAUCAAAGCUGAAAGGAAGCUCAGGCCGGUCUCACCGGACAUGAUCCGCAGAAGCCGCCUUGUCAUGCGACCUCUUAGCAUGUCGUACAGUUUUGACUCAUCAGGUGCAGGGAAAAGCAUCAGCACUCCUCAGGACUUGUUCCGCAGCUCAGACACUCCUGAUGCACCCAGGAAGUUGGCUGUCAGCACCCAGUCUCUUGCCAGUGGCACAACGGGACCCAAUCAAGGUGGACUGCAGCCUCUUAGCCAGAGGAAGAGGCUGCUCAGAGCGCCCACGCUGGCCGAGCUGGACAGCUCCGAAUCUGAUGAGGAGCCCACACGGAGCAGCUCCACUACGUCCACGUCUUUCAUGGAGGACACGUCACCCGAGUCUGUCAUAGGGAAGAAGGCUCCUCCAAAUUUCCUGCCUGUCUCUGCCACCCCACAGCCAGACAAGCGUCAGUCUCCACAGAGGCGGCACUCCAUCGAGAAGGAGACCCCCACUAGUGUCCGCCCCUUUGCACCUCCAUCCAGGCAGAGCUCCAAGUCUUUGCUGAUGGAGGAUCCCAGCACCAAGGUGGAAGCCACCAGUGGUGCUCAGGGCACGGAGGAGUUCUGUUACCCAGUGGAGUGUCUGGCUCUGACGGUGGAGGAGGUGAUGCACAUCAGACAGGUUCUGGUCAAGGCCGAGCUGGAGAAGUUUCAGCAGUACAAAGACAUCUACACCGCCCUCAAGAAAGGAAAGCUUUGCUUUUCAUGUCGGACCAAGAGGUUCUCCCUCUUUACCUGGUCCUACACCUGCCAGUUCUGCAAAAGGCCUGUGUGUUCCCAGUGCUCUAAAAAGAUGCGGCUGCCAUCUAAGUCGUACUCCACCAUGCCCAUCUAUUCUUUGGGCCCCAGUGCUGUGGCUAAAGAAGAGGCAAGUGGAGUAUCUGCCCCUGCAGAGCCAGAAAAGCACCCAUUUGGGUCUGGACAUAGCCGGCACAGCCUACGCAGAAGUGUUUACAAGUUCUCUAAGCACAACAGCAGUGGCAGCAAAGAUGGCCGGUCACAGGAUGAGCCAGAGCUGCCCAAGGAGCUUACUGCGGACUGGGUCACCAUGGAGAUCUGUGUAGACUGCAAAAAGUUCAUCACGGAGAUCAUCUCUUCCAGCAAGCGCAGCUUGUGCGUUGCCACCAAGCGUGCCCGCCUCAAUCGCAAAACCCAGUCCUUCUACAUGUCAUCGUCUAACUCUGCCAACUUCAGGCCCUCUGAGCGCACCAUCAAUGAGGUGUAGAAAGUGGGACCGCCUUGUGCACUUUUGUUCAUGCCUCUCCCAGAGCUUAGUCGUUCAACAACAACAAAAAUCCCCCCUUAGUCUGGUUUUGACACGGACUGGUUCACUGUGACGAUGAAGCCAGUCCAUCCCACCCCAAAGUUAGAAAAGGUUCUUAUACCUUACCCCGUCUCAGGAAAAGUUGGCACGCUACGAUUGGUCAUGACAGGUCGGGACUCGACAGUAGCUGCCAGAUAACAAAGGAGAGCCAUGUUUCUAUAAGUCAGUGAUAAUUCAGGACACGGUGGGUGGAUAAAUUGAACUGCUGAUGUCGCUUUUGUGAACCAGGUAAGAGAAUGUAUAUUUGACAUAAGAGUGGAUCAGAUGAUACAGAAAGCCAAAAGUUGCCCGUGUAAAUAGUAUAAAGGCCCAUCCCUAAUCUUAGCUAUGAAUACAUUUUCCAGUUCCUGUUUACUUCUAGCACUCAGGAAGAACAACAGAUUGUCUUUUGACAGAAAUGCACUGUAGAUCCUGCUGUCAGGUCUGUUGGGGUAGAUCUCUGCCACUCCACCCCUCCCCUUUUAUUCUUCCAGCAACAAUCAUGCCAAAUGUUACAACAUUCAUUUUUUAGCCAUUUAAAAUGCAUAUUUACUAUUCUCUCAUGUUGUAGGGAUGACACGUUGAGGAGAGACUAGUCAGAUUAUUUUCCUGGGUGGGUUUUAGCUUUUUGUUUUAAUGUAUAUUCAAUUCUGUGCCUGGUGCCAAAAUGUAAUUUCUUUCUUUGAAUGCCUUUUUAGUUAUGGACCUAUUGUACAUAUGUGUGAUAAACUCAAUGGGAGACAUUUUAGGGUGAUCCAAGCUUUGGUUUCUCGCCCUUCCAUGUUCCAAGCUGGGCAAUAGAAUAACAGAAAUGUGGGGUUGCGAAUGUGUACAUGGUGUAUAUCUUAAUUGUUCAAAAAUUUAAAUUUAAUAUAAAAAAACUCAACUAAGUAGAAGUAUAAUUUUACCAUGUUAAGAUUUUUGCCUCUGGAGUUUCUUUAUUUUAAAUUCUUCUCUCAAACCUUUAUUAUUGCUGUUAUUAUGUUUGUGUCAAUGUAAUAUUAAGAUUUUAUUUCUAUUGUAUAGUUUAUAAACUCCUCAGUGUCAAGAUACUCCUCUAAAUCGCAAAUCGCACUUUUAUUUGACCAAUUUAUUGUUUAUGUUGGUUUUUUGUCUUAACUGAUAAUAAUUAUUAAAGUCUUUGUUUUUCACCUCUUGGGGGUAAGUGCCAUUUCCCAGGGUUCCUCAUUAAUGAACAUUGGUGUGAAUGGCUGCAGGUUGUUUGUAAGAAUGGACUAAUGGCUAAAACAAAACACUCCACUGAAUUGAAUGUAGGCAUUUUUAAGUGUAUAACUGUCAUUGAAUAUGCUUUAUGAACUUUUAUUCCCUUUCAAAAGACUCUUCUUACACACACACACACACACACACACACACACACACACACACACACACACACACACACACACGUACGUUCAGAUAGUGUGUUUUGUGACAGUUGUUACCAAAUGAAGCCUAACCAGCCUCUUAAAUAACGAUGCCAUAUUCCAGUGAAACCGUUCAUCUGACCAGUUUUAUUUUAGACCUCUGUAAGGAAUGUAUGCAUGCUGUAGUGUGAUCUGUUUGUUUUUAUCAAAGGAAAUCCUAAUAAAAUCAUCAUGAUUCUUA